AUGCAGGCGCAGAUCGAGCAGGUGCUGCAACUCUCCAGAGCCCUCGCCGCCGCGCACCCACAAGUGCAGAAAGUUCACUUACCCUGCUACUAUAACAAACUGCUGGUGGUGGCUCUUUCACAGGCAAAGCUCAAGGUGAAGAAGGCCAUCGAGAAGGGCAACGCCGACGGCGCCCAGAUCUAUGCGGAGAACGCCAUCCGCAAGCGCACCGAGCACAUGAACUACCUCUGCCUCGCCUCCCGCCUCGCCCCAUAUGCCCAUGAGUGA